AUGACAUCGAAUGCACGUGUGGUUUUUGCGAAGCGCCCAGCUUCGAACGAGCUGCCCAAGGUUGGGGAGCAUCUUAUCAUCGACAAGUCUCGCACCAUAGACCUUGAUCAUGUCCCGCUCAACGGGGGUUAUCUUACAAAGACCCUGAUUCUCAGCCCCGAGCCUGCUAUACGAGAGCGUAUGCGAGAUCCCUCUAUUACCAGCUACACAACCACGCUUACCGUUGGCGGCCCGAUACUUGGUUUUGCCGUCGUUGUUGUCCUUCGCUCGGAGAAAGAAGGAUUCAAGGUUGGCGAUAAUCUCUAUGGCUUGACAGUAUGGGAGGAGUAUACAGUCCAGCCUUACGUCGAAGGACGAGUCAACUUCAAGCCUGAAGAGUGGCCGCCCUACACGUUUGAUAUGGAUUCCCUCGCUCUUCAAGUUGUCCCAAACCCCAAUGGCCUCUACCCGCUCUCGAAGUAUACCUCUAUUAUGGGCACUCCCGGGCUAACCGCAUUCGUUGGCAUGGAAGGGAUUAUUGAGGGAAAAGAGGGAGAUACUCUCUUUGUAUCAUCUGGCGAUCUGCUCAUGGUAAUCCAACUCGGAAAAUUAAAAGGCAUGAAAGUAAUCGCAUCCGCUGGAUCGGAUGCAAAGGUCGAGUACAUGAAGUCUGUCGGCGCAGAUCUGGCAUUUAACUACAAGAAAGAAAAUUACGGCGAAUUUCUGCUGAAGCAUGGGCCUAUAAAUGCGUUCUGGGACAAUGUGGGCGGGGAGGCUCUAGAUGCUGCCUUGGAGUCCAUCACACCAUACGGAAAAGUUGCAGUAUGCGGAACAUCUGCAUCAGACGUUACCCCGACAAGCGAGCAAUACAAACUGAAGAAUGCAUACUUGAUCAUGAAGAAGCGCAUCAAGAUUCAAGGUUUCAUCGUCCCGGACUUUAUCCCUCAGUUCAUGGGUAAAUUCUUCGAAACGGUUCCGGCUCUAAUGGCACAAGGAAAAUUGAAGAGUCAAGAAAUUGAAAUUGAGGGCUUUGAAAAUGCGCCGCAGGCACUUGUUGAUACAUUGUGCAGCGGUCAUGAAAAGGCAGGAACCUUGGUUGUUGUGGUGGCCAAGGAGUGA